GGAACUCGGGGGCGGUGCAGCUGAAGGUAGGGUUCGGGGGCUCCCUUGACUCCUGAAAGCCAAGCAGGCCCCAGCCUGAUGAGGUGGGAGAAAACGGACGAAUUUCCUUAGUGUUGUCGCACCUUUCAGCCUGGCAGACACUUAACAGGCUUUUUUUGUCUUAUGUAGACGUAGACGUAUUCCUCUGUGUUACCCCUCUUCAAAGGAACUUCAGAGGGUGGCAGUUGCAGAGACUUUAUGGGACAGAUCAGACGGGAAAAGGAAAUUGCCUGUCAGGCUCCACUUGCGAGAGAGCUCCAUGGGAAUCCAUGCCCUUUCCCGUAAUUAUCAUAAAAGAUCGAGCUCCCUUUCUGAGCUGAGAACCACCCUUGUUGCCCCUGCCUAGAUGAAUAAGAUCGAUCAUUCAACAAGGAUUACAUGCCUCCUACCGUUUGCCAGAUGUGAUUUUAGAUGGAGAGGAUACAUCAAUUCAGGAAUUGUGGGGCUUCAGCCCAUAGACUUUAUCCCAAGUGCUCCCCAUGAUGCUGUAGAUGGGAGACAAGAGGAGGUUCCUGUGGUCAUUGCUGCAUCUGAAGAUAGGCUCGGGGGGACCAUUGCAGCCAUAAACAGCAUUCAGCACAACACUCGCUCCAAUGUCAUUUUCUACAUUGUUACGCUCAAUCAUACAGCAGACCAUCUCCGGUCUUGGCUCAGCAGCAGUACUCUGAAAAGCAUCAGGUACAAAAUUGUGAAUUUUGACACUAAACUUUUGGAAGGGAAAGUAAAGGAGGAACCUGACCAGGGGGAAUCCAUAAAACCAUUAACCUUUGCAAGGUUCUACUUGCCUAUUCUGGUUCCCAGCGCAAAGAAGGCUAUAUAUAUGGAUGAUGAUGUAAUUGUUCAAGGUGAUAUCCUUGCGCUCUACAAUACACCACUGAAGCCAGGACAUGCAGCUGCAUUUUCAGAAGAUUGUGAUUCAGCCUCUACGAAAGUUGUCAUUCGUGGAGCAGGGAACCAGUACAAUUACAUUGGAUAUCUUGACUAUAAAAAGGAAAGAAUCCGUAAGCUUUCCAUGAAAGCCAGCACCUGCUCAUUUAAUCCUGGAGUUUUUGUUGCAAACCUGACAGAAUGGAAAAGACAGAAUAUAACUAACCAGCUGGAAAAAUGGAUGAAACUCAAUGUAGAAGAGGGGUUGUACAGCAGAACACUGGCUGGCAGCAUCACAACACCUCCUCUGCUGAUCGUAUUUUAUCAACAGCACUCCACCAUCGACCCAAUGUGGAAUGUCCGCCACCUUGGCUCCAGUGCUGGAAAACGAUACUCACCCCAGUUUGUAAAAGCUGCCAAAUUACUCCAUUGGAAUGGGCACUUUAAGCCAUGGGGAAGAACUGCUUCAUUUACUGAUGUCUGGGAAAAAUGGUAUAUUCCUGACCCAACAGGCAAAUUCAGCCUUAUCAGAAGACAUACAGAGAUCUCAAACAUAAAGUAAAACAUAAUUUAUGCUAUAAGCAUUUCUCAGGAAAUCCUGGAAGAUAGUAUGUGUGGGAAGUAACUGUGGCAGCCCAUGGGAAACGGAACAUUUCAAAUGGGACAAGAGGACAAACAGCACUGUCUGCUUCCCUGACAGACUCCGCGUUCCUCCAUCUGCCUUACCAAGUGUUUGCUUACAGCCCUGAAUAACCAGAGGUGAAUGGACUGAUAACAGCUGGUACAGCUAGUUCAGCACUGCUGCUUGGUUUUACAUUUGUAACCUGUGGCCUGAUCUAUAAAUAAAUAAAGUGAAACCUACAUUUUUCAGUAGGUAUCGGA